AUGAAGACACUUAAUUGCUACGUGCUGCUCCUUUGCUGGAAAGCAAUUUGCUGUAACAGCUGCCAGCUCACCAAUAUCACCAUCGCCGUGGAAAGAGAAGAAUGUGAAUUCUGUAUUACAGUGAAUGCCACGUGGUGCUCAGGAUACUGCUUCACCAGGGAUCCAGUAUAUAAAUAUCCUCCAGUAUCAACUGCUCAGCAGACCUGUACCUUCAAGGAGGUUGUGUAUGAAACAGUGAAGAUCCCUGGCUGUGGUGACCACCCUGAAUCUUUCUACUCAUACCCAGUAGCUACAGAAUGCCACUGUGACACCUGUGAUACUGACACCACUGACUGCACUGUCAGGGGACUGGGGCCAUCCUACUGUUCCUUCAGUCACAAUGGAAGUAACCAGUGAGGGGCACUGGGGACAGCAGUUUGGCUUUAAAUGUUCCCUGCUAGGUGAAGGUCCUGUUCAGGUUUCAAUGGACGGUAACAGGCUAGGUAUUUAGAAACUGCCAAAACUGAAACAAAGAUUUUUAAGGCCAAAAUGAAGAGCUACUGACUAAACUCCUCUUACUGCCUUUCUUACUUAA